CUUCUUCCAGUUCCUGGUUUGUGCUGUUGGGAGUUAACUCUGCUUUGGAAGGAGAACGAGGGAAAGAGGCAGCAAGCCUGGUUUCCCCUUGCUCCUUCUCUUGCCUGCAGAGCAGAAGGUUUAUUUCCAGUCAGCCUGAGCAGGACUGAAAGGUCUCCUGAAGUAUGCACUAGAGCUGGGAUUAUAGUAGCUUUGGAUAAGCCUUUUUCUUAUUUAAAUCUGUUCAGUCUCAACAGGUACUGGUAUUCGCUGUGCUUCUCAGAGGGAUGCUCUAGGUGUGGGGAAAACUACUUUAAUGUUUUCUUUUCCCUGGGAAGAAAAUGGCCGUAGCAAAAAAAAAAACCAGUAUUUCUGCUCAGAGCAAGACCUGAAUGGAGACUUAAGGUGCUGAAUGCUGCUCUCCAGCUGGAGCUUCUUGAGGGUUAACGCAGCAGGAGAAACCAGCUGGCAUGGCACUGAACAGAGGGCUCUGCAAAAAAGAAGCUGUAGGGCUUCAGCUUCGUGGUUCAAAGGUCCCUCAGCGCAGACUGAAAGUCCGCGGGGGGCAGAGAUCAUGCAGAUAUGGGACCAUGCUUCGUGGGGCCCCCACUACAGCUGGCAGAGCCCAAAGGGACUGUCCUGGUGUGGAAAGCAGGACGUUCCUCUGCAAUGACUUGACCAAGGGCUCUGCUACAUCAUUUGAUAUCUCUUGCAGCUUGCUGGUCUUUCAACCUACAUGCUCAUUAGGGCAUGUAGAUAAUAAUCAUAUGCUUUAUCUCAAGUAACCCCCAGUGCAGAAGCUGAAGCAUAGGCUGUGUGAUGACCUGCAGUGGUUUGAAUCCACAGCUACUCAAGACUCAGUUGUGGUCUGUCUAAACAAAACCUGACCUCAGGGGAAGAUACAAAAGUGGUUGUUUUAGCCAAGGUACUGCUGGCUCAGAUUCCAUACAUGAGGCUGAGCCUUUGUGCAAACAGAAACCAGUUUGGUUGCACUGGACAGGACCAAUUCUUCAGGCUCCUUAUGAUAUUGCUGCCCUAUUUUUCAGCACAGUUCAACUAAAUGGUAUGUUUAAGGCAUUUUCUUUUAAAUUAAAAUUCUUGUAAAACAAAGUUGUCUUUUAUCUGAUAAAUCUGAAUACCAAGGCAGUGAAAUGGGUCUUGAUUUUCUUGCCUAGAACUGGAACAUGUGCCCAUGCCUUGCUGCCACAGGUUCUUCCUUCCUCAGGGUUUGCAACUCGAACACAACCAGAGUGCCAGUUACGGGAACUAGUUAGGCUAUCUUCUUGUAUCAGAGGUAACAAAAGGGGCCCAAAAAGGUGGUCUUGCUGUUAAACACUUGGUCAAGGAUAUCAGGGUCUUCCCAGGCAAACUUGCUGUAGUCCUGUUAUCAUUAGUAUCUCGGUCCCCCAUGUCUGUCGAACGAGGAUAACGGAGGAUAACGGCUGAGCUAGUUCCCUGUUAGUCAUGGGGGAUGAUCUGCUUGGCAGAUUGACUCUGCUGUGAGCUCAGAGACACCUGAGCAGGCUCCUGCAGCCUGGCUCCAUCCAGAACGUCUGUCCUGCUGCAAAACCUGAGUGAGGCCGCUCAGUGUGGGUGGAGAAGCAGAAAAAACUUAUUUGCCUGGCAUUGAGCCUAAGCUAACAGCCUCUGCCAAGCCUCAGGUGCAAAAUAUGUUGAAUUAUCCAUGUCUUUUCUUCUAUGAGAGAACCUCCCUCCCUCUGCCUGGGCAACAGAGAUUUGACUGCUUCGUUUCACCCAGCUUUUGUCUGUCUGAUCCUAUUCUUUGGGGCAGGAGCGGCCUUCUGGCCAGUUUUGGUAGGGUGCCUGGCAGAGUGGAGCUCCCCGCUUUGCUCGUUGCCCAUCACUGCUCUUGUCCUGCAAAUAAUGGCAGUAAUUGCAAUGCAGUCGUUGAACUGCACGCAGGAAAAAAUGUGAUAGAGCUGGACAUAGCAUCCCCACGCAGUGAUAUAAGGGUGUCAUUAAUAGUCUAGAUGAAGGGCAGCUUUACAUUGUGUUAGAUAUUUUAAUUAGAGAACUGCUUCCCGGUUAGGAUUGAAACUAAUUUACUUCCACCAGGCUGUGCUUUAAAUAAUCUCGUAGCUUCCUCAGUAAGAAACCGAUCUCCUUGACUUGCACAUGCCAUAACUCAGCAGGGUUAGAGUUUCCUUGAUAGACAAGAUCAAUAAAUGAGGUUUGUCUAAGGCUGCAGCAUGCUAAAGAUAUGUCUGAGUGCCAUGGUAUUCACUCCUGGUCUCCUCUGCCUCCUGCCACGGUGCUUUGCACAGACUUUGGGCAAGUUGACCUUGCUGUGAAGAAUUAGCUUUUGGAGAGCAAGUUUUAAGCAGGUAACACAUUGUUCAUAAGUGCAGGAAAUAGCAGUGUGGACAGGAUAAGACAGGAGAGGAAGUGGGAGAGGAGGGUCUGUGUGCUCCACAGAGAUACAGAAGUGGAAAAAAACUGUCUUGGUGAAAUGCCUUUAUGGUGAUAGAGGGAUUUUCUCCUCCUUCCUCAGGAGGAUUUCAGUGUGUGGCAGUGACGGCAAUGCGACCCACAGUGGCAGAGAGCAGCUGGUGGCAGGGACCAAGGUGCCCUCCCACCAAAGGCUGUGCAGCAGGGAUGAGUCCGGCCCCAAAGCCCCAAGAGUCAAAGUGCAACUAAAAUAAUCACAUCAAAAUCCACAAAAAAACAUUUUGAGGCGUCUUGCUUUUUAACUCUCCUGCUGACUUCAAAGGCCAUUUAAUGCUAUCAUCCUUUUUAAUCAAAAUAACUGGAGACAGCAAAGCUGUUUAUCUCCAAACACUGCCGACAUCUCUCCGCAUGUUCAGUGGCAGUUACAGGACAGAGAAAACACACUACAAGAAAAUUUGCUUGCAGCAAAAUUCUCAUCCCCGAGGGAGCACAGAGAGAGCUUUUGAGGUGCUUUAGAUUGAUUAUAAAAUGAGUGUGCUGGUAGCAACCGCUUUGUCACCCUGAAUGUUGAUUUGUCUCCCCUUGGCUGAGAGCCAGCGAUGCAUCUCUCUAUUUCAGGAUAAGGUUUUGUUCGUACAGGUGGUGGAAAAAAGGAGGGGGGGUGUAGGAAAGAAAGCUCGUUAGGCUGAACAAUAGCGUUGUCUCAAGAACAAAUAGUUCUAGUCACAAAUAAAUUUAGGUGGAGCCACAUUUCUAAAAAGUGAAGCAGUAAGCUUUUGAUAAAGCCUCUGAUAGGAAGGGGCCAGGAAAUAAAACACAGUCUUCUCAGACUGAGCUGCUCUACUUCGCCUUAGGGGUUUGCAGUAUGGCCGGUUGUGAAUGAAGACUGUGGACUGGUCUGUUCAUCCUGCUCUCCAGCAUCCCCAUUGAUCUGAGCUCCACUUGUGAAGUUGCUCUUCACCUGAAGAAAUCCCAGACAUUCCCUUGUCCCGCCUCACCCAUGUAUUUCUUUUCCAAGCAGGCAGCCCUUGUCACCUUUCUCACUCUUUCUCUAUGGCCCUCUUAUAGUUUUGUUCCCUCUUUUUUUUUUUUUUUUUUGCAGUGGAGUGAGGAGAACUGCACUGUGCGGUUCAGUGUAUGGAUUUAUAGUGAUAUGGUAGUGUUGUCUGUGUUGUUUUGUAUGUCUUUCUUUCUAAUAACUGGAUGAAACAUCUUAGUGUCUGUGAUACACAUGGAAUAGACCUAAAGCAGGGGUGUGUGCACAGGCAGGAGCCUGGAUUAACCCAGCUGACACAGCCAGCGUUACCAAAUCAGCCUUGCUGCAUCCAAACCUUUCUGUAGGUUUAGAACAGAAGCAGAAUCCUUCAGAGUGAGGAUGUCUGGAGGCGAUAUGGCCAAGCCCUUGCUGGCCCAUCGGAGCAUAGAGGGUGACCCGAGCACCACACCAGCAGUGGGACGCACCGUAGGGGUGCUAGGGAGUGGGGACUUCGCACGGUCAUUGGCCAUCCGCCUGGUGUGCUCCGGAUUCAAGGUGGUGGUUGGCAGCCGCAACCCGAAGCGCAAGGCCGGCCUCUUCCCUUCUGCAGCAGAAGUCACCUUCCAGGCUGAUGCGGUGAAGAAGACAGAUGUCAUUUUUGUGGCGGUUUUCAGGGAACAUUACUCCACCCUCUGUGACCUGGCUGAUGUGCUGGAGGGCAAGAUCCUGGUGGAUGUUAGUAACAACACCGAGAUCAACCAUCACAAGGAAUCCAAUGCUGAGCACUUGGCUUCCCUGUUCCCAGCCUGCACUGUGGUCAAGGGGUUUAACGUGGUUUCUGCGUGGACGCUGCAGUCAGGUGCCAGGGAUGGAAAUAAGCAGGUUCUGAUUUGCUCAAAUAACCAAGAAGCCAAGCGCACUGUAGCAGAAAUUGCUCAAGUCAUGGGAUUCACCCCUGUGGACAUGGGCUGCAUGUCAUCAGCCCGUGAGAUUGAGAACAUUCCCCUGCGCCUCUUGCCAGCCUGGAAAAUCCCCAUCUUUUUGGCUCUGGGGCUUUUUCUUUGCUUCUUCACUUACAACCUGAUCCGGCAGGUCAUCCACCCUUACAUCAGGGAGCAGAAGAACAAGUUGUACAAGAUUCCCAUUGAGGUGGUCAACACAACACUGCCUUGUGUGUCCUACGUCAUGCUGUCUCUCGUCUACCUGCCCGGGGUGCUGGCAGCCUGCUUGCAACUCCACUAUGGCACAAAAUAUAAGCGCUUUCCAGAUUGGCUCGACCAGUGGCUCCAGCACCGAAAGCAGAUUGGUCUCCUCAGCUUCUUCUGUGCGGCUUUGCAUGCUAUGUACAGCCUCUGUCUGCCCAUGCGCCGCUCCCACCGCUACCAGUUAAUUGAGACAGCUGUCAAGCAGGCUGUGGAGAAGAAGAUGAAUAUCUGGGUAGAGGAGGAAGUCUGGAGGAUGGAGAUUUAUAUCUCUGUUGGAAUAAUUGCCCUGGGCUUGCUGUCGUUACUUGCCAUCACUUCACUUCCAUCCAUCGCAAACUCUCUCAACUGGAGGGAAUUCAGUUUCAUUCAGUCCACCCUUGGAUUUGUCGCCUUGGUAAUCAGCACUCUACACACACUCACGUACGGCUGGUCGAGGGCCUUCGAUGAGAACCAGUACAAAUUCUACUUGCCUCCAACCUACACCCUCACACUGCUCGUCCCAUGUACUGUGAUCCUAGCAAAAGUCAUCUUCAAUUUGCCUUGCAUCCAGCAAAGACUUCUGCGAAUCAGGAGGGGCUGGGAGAAGGGGAGAUAUGUGAAGUUUAUUCUGCCCAGCGCAACAGGGGAAUAUUCGAGUGGGGAGACCUCUAGCAAUGUCUAAAGGAGCCCCAGUUGUGACAAAGGAUUUCAAAGCACUAUCAACAUUUCUAUAAAGGUGUUUCUUUUUCUUAAAUAGAUGUAUGUUUCGGUAUGAUUGUAUUGUGGGUAAAAAAUAAGAGGUGGUGACUUUAGAGAAUGGAUGACCAUGAAACUAGUUUAGACAGUAGUAGUUAAAUUAUAAUGUUGAUAUUGCCUUAAAAAUGACCAUGAAAGCUGAGCUAGCAGCACUUAUAUACAUGGGAAACCAAUGGACUCUGUUAGUCCUAUCAGUCACCUGCGGUGCUGGCUGGCAGCUCCCAGACCAGUCCUUCUCAUUUGCUUCCCCAGCUGCUCUC